AGAGUCUGCCAGACAUUAUUAUGAGUGACAGGAUUGAAAAUGAUUUUGUCAUGACCCAUGACCGCGUUUGUGAUGUUUAUAAGCAUUCCAUCACGCCCUCCACGUCGAAUCGUCCCAGCGGGUUCGUCAUUCGGCCACCGGUGAACAUCUCUAGGCUCAGGCCUACGCAACUUCUUGUCUCAUCUUUCUUCUCGAACGUGUCAAAGUAGUAGCUAAAGCGACACACUUCGUUGACAUAUUUUGUCUUGAGCGAGCUACGCCAGAGAUACGGGACAGACUCUGUCUGUCUAAAGUUCACCGGAAAGUAGACCAGAGCGAAUUUUGUAAUCAUUUAGCCCAAUUAAAAAACACUUAAUUGACCACUUGAGCUGGUAAAGGAGAUAUGAUGCUUUGUUUGCGGGUACUUACCUUGAAGGGAAUUGUUUGGGUGAAUUCUACUACUAUAUGCGGGGAAGCUGUAUUGGAAGGGUUACCGAUCCGGGUUACUUGGCCGAGUUUGUGAGGACUUUUGAAGAGGAAGAUUCGUAGAAUGAUUUGAUGGUCAAAAAUCGAUUACUAUCUUUGAAAAAUCAAAAAGCUUUUCUCCUUUAGCUUGCAUACAGACACAGUUUGAAUGGCUGACAUGGUGGUUCGGAGCUUUCGCGAAUCGCCUUCGUUGAUUUUGGGUGUGGCCAACGGGACCACCUAGCAACCUCAUCACCAUGACUACGACGACGGUACAGCAGACACCGGGUGACGUCAUGGUCAGAACACCAAUCAUCACGCGGAAAUCCCGACAGUUUCAGACGGCUGUGGAGAGAUGGAGUUCCUUACGUCAAAACAGCAGCCGCUCCUUUGAUCGACUCAACCUCAGGAAUAAGUACGAGGAGGACCGCCUGCUCCAGAAGCACAGAGACAUCAAUGAAUUGAGCGACGCGCAACUCAAAGAACUCUUCCGCAUCAAGAAUGAAAUGCGCGUCGCUCUAGUGGACAUUGCACGUAGCAAGCGUCAGUGCAGCAGCAAAGAAUCGGAAUUCGAGAGUCGCCUUCGCAGCGGGAAUCAAUCCCCGAUCUUUAAGAUGGAGUACAGACGACUGAGGAAGAAGCAGGUUGAGUUGGGGAAACUGUGCGAGCAGCUGCAGGGCCCAAACUCGAAACUCCUCGCGUCGAAUCUGACGACCGAAUUGAAGGCAGUGGAAGCGAAAGCAACGAAGGAGGCGUUACGCGGGGAGACCAAGUAUAAAAGCAAAUGGUUAGCGCCUCUGAAGGCUUUGUCUAAGGCGAAUCAAGAUUCUACUGAUAAUGGUGAUGCUACAGGGUCAUCUGAAGAAGCAAAACCAGCUGGGAAUGAAUUUGCGAAUCUGGUAAAAAUGGUCCAUAAACAAUUCAAGAGAGCGUCCAUCUCAGGGAUUAAAGAUACCACACAAACAACGGAAGCCGAGAGUGAAAGCAUUGAGCAAAUGUCCGGACCAAUUAAAGCCUUGCCAAACGAUUCCAAACCAGGUCAUUCAAAGACGGUUCCAGAAUUAUCUCAGCCUACAGGUGAAGUUUCGAAACAAAAUGGAAGCAAAGAUGAACAGUUACGCCCAGUCAGUCGUCCGCCAUCAAAACCUCUAAUUCCAAUUUCGUCCGCCAUUUCUCUCCUGGAAACCUCUCCAGCGCAGAGCGCCGAAGAUCCUAUCACAGUAAAACGAAAGAAGCGACUCCGUAAGGACACUGACCAGAGCUUGCCGACUGUACCGGAAGUGAACGAAUGCGCGACGCCGAAAAUACCCGAAACUCCCGUAAAAGCCAAACCGAAGAAGAUCAAAACGCAGAAAGCACGGACAAUCGUUACCAAAGGCAUGCACAAAGGAACGGACGCUCACGUCUCAAGAACCGAGUCCGCGCAUCGUCGGGACCGAGUGAUGAAGAAGCGUUUGUCCGAUCUGGCAGUGAAAACUAAGGAAGAUAUUGCCAACAGGAGAAGUAUUAGCCCUCACGAUGAAGCCCUGAAUAGUAUUCACCAAGUAGAGGUUAUUGCACGCCUCCAGCUCGCGCGGUCCAAAGUCGGGAUCACCCUUCCCGAGGUCCGCACGGAUAAGGGUCAUGGACGCAAAGUGCGUAAAUCAAGAGAUCAAACCUCUAUUAGUCUUCCACCUGUGAACGUAGAGGGCAGGCUACUAAGAGAACUGAAAGAACAGAGGAGGAAGCACAAAAGUCAGUCGACAGGACUCCCGAAGUUACCCUGACACUUUACUGCAUUAUCAGUUAAUUGUUUUAAUGACAAUAGGAGGCCUGUUCUUAAAGGAAGACUAACAUAAAAUUGUUUAAAAGGUUUAAGCCAAGGCCAAUGAUUAAAGGAGCGCCAAGUGCCAACCCUGGCGCCGGGUGAAUAUUUUCGCUCGAGUUCAUACAUUCUAUCUGUAAACAAUUUUACCUUUUGGGAUGAUUGGUACACUUUUAGCCUGGACCUAAUGUUAAUAUGCUUUUAUGACUACUGGCCAUACUUAAUCUAACGUAACCUCAUGUACCUCAUUUGGCGUUAUAUGACUUACUUAGCAACAUAAUAUAUCCAUACUAUCAGUUGCAUUUUUAUUCAUUUAUUUGUUGCCAUUCGCAAAGUCCAGUCAUCUCAGAUAUGUAUGACUUUCAACUAUUUAUGUAUUAACAUGUGCAAAUAUGAACUCUGAAAUGUUUUUCAUCGGUAGAUAUUUCAUAAUAGUAUAUUAUUCAAAGGCAUUGAAAUUAUACUCUCAGACAAAAUUAAUUUCAUUACCGAUAUAUAUAUAUAUAUAUAUAUACAUACACAGGUAAUCUCGUUAAACUGGUUAUACAUGGUUAGGUUAGAUUUUCUUCAUUUGAACACUCUCAUGUUUAUCUUCCAUUUCGCCCUCUCUCCAUAUUUAUAUUGUCGCUCCUACUCUUUUCCCAUUGAUUCUCCGCGUUUCUUUGUUUCAUACGUAGUAUCUGUUCUCUUGCACACUCACACUCAUGUGUAAACAACAUUCAAAACUAUCUUAAACCUCUCUCUACUAUAAUCAUCUUAUAUUUAUCUGAUGAAAAUGAUAUUAUAGUCUCAUGAAGUGUUUAAAUUUUAACAGGGCAUUCAAAAAAAAAAAAAAAUCAAAAAAAAAAAAAUCAUUGUUUGCUUUGUACAUAAUCAUGUACACAUGUUAACUCUAUGCUACGUGAUUUAAGUUUGGAAGGUAUAACCGGAAAAUAAAAUGAAAUAAAUUAUUUGAUAAAGAUA